AUGGCUUCUCCAGUGAUGCUCGACAAUGGCACAAAAUUCGACAUUGCUUCAUGGACAAACUGGACCGCGGUUAAUGUCACACAAUAUGUGCCAUCUGCAAGAGAUCUCGCUUUGGCAGGACCGCGAAUGGUUAUGAAACUUGGUUCCUUUCUUACAGUUCCCGAAACCGUUGAUAAUAUAUUAGGUAUAAGGAUGGGAGCGCGAAUCAUUCCAGAAGCCACUGGGGCUGGCAUACCCGAUCCCAUGGAAACGAUAACAGCUACAGCAGUCGCUGGAAUAAGACAAAUUGUAGAGACUGGGUCGGAAACAUUGACGGAGGAGAGUAUAAUGGCAAGUUCAAGAUUCUCUUUGGAGAGUGCGCGAAGUCUCGGAGGUCUAUUUGCCUAUGCCACGAGCAAAUGGGCGCUGGGAUGCGUAGUGAUGGCUGUUGUUCUGAACCGUACGCAUAUAAUGGCCAGCACAAGAAGGCCACUUGAGUUUACGUGGAAACCACGCUUCCUAUUACGAAUAAUACCUAUAAUCCUACUUCUUGUUCAAGCCAGAUGGCUGUUACAAUCGAUACAAUGCCAGACAUCCCCUGAUUUUGGUUACCUACGAUGGGGUAAUUCGUCAAAAUCACAUAAUCUCAUGUUCACCCAGGAUGGAGGUCCUCUGCAUACAUUCAGUCAAUUCCUUCUCUUUGGUGCUAAGGAUUCGGCCUCAUGCCUGGCGGUGAGUAUGAUCCCUAAUGACUACAUCGUGGUGAACGAGACAAACUCCAAAGAGGGCAUUCCCACCACAUAUGAUCUUUCUGGAUCCUUGUCACUUUUAUGGCCUAUAUUCAAGACCUUCAGCUUCAGUCAAUUUGUCGAAACAGUAUCUUGUGCUGUUCAAGGUCGUCAGGUUGCAGCCGAAACUGGAAUGACACUCUUCGAACAUUCGUUAGCCUUUGCCGAGGCUGAUGCAGCGGUUGGUUCUCAGAUUGUUGGGUUCAUCAAAAUCAGGAUUCCUUCAGGCGAUGAUUCAAAUUCCGAACCCACUCAAAUUGCCAUCACACGCUCUAUGAUUAUGAAGAAGAUAAACACAACGCCAGAGGUUCUACUGGUUGGGUUCCUCUCGGUUAUGAAUCACUUGAGUAGUCAUAUCCUCGGAAUCUUCGACGUCCAAGGAAGAUUCCGACUCCUCAAUACUGGCUUUUGGGGCAUUUCGUUCAUGUCCGUCAUUGUGUGGAGCCUUUUGUCAUUCUCUUUCGAUGAUUCUUCUAGUCAAGGGUUAUUGAGGUAUCCCACGGUUUGUAUAAUCGGAUUCAUCCCUCACGUUCUCGUUCUGUGCGGUAUUAUUAUAUGCUCAAUCAUAUACGGCGUUGCAUUGAUUUUGUCUACAUUGGCCCCUGUUAGCGGUAUCAACGAGCCCAACAUUCCAGUUGGACGAAACCUACCAGAUGCUCGACCUCGAUUAUCAUUCUCAGAAAGAGUGAUCAAAGCACAUCACAACAUGCAAGCGAAUGUUCCCCUAUCAAGUAUUAGAAUUACGAUGCACAUGGACUUCUAUACUGCCUUGCUCAGGACAGGCUUUGCUGUCAUGACCAUGGCUAGUGAAGCUGUUUAUUUAAACGAGAGUCGAGGAGUGAACGUCAAACCCAACACCUGGCUCGAAGAUGACCGUUUGCGUGAGAUUGAAGAGACUGGAGCUCAAUGGCUAGGUCCAUCUUUUAGAGCACAUGAAUCUGAGCUUGCUAUAGAUGAUCAUAUGCCUCACAAUAUUGGUCUCGUGGCGGCAAGAGGUCGACCGGUCCUUUCACCGCAAAAUUAUCACAGUCCUUAUGCACGCGAAAUGACUGCACAGAAAACUACGAAGCCCAAAGCACAGGAACGAGUAUUAAGAGAUGGUGUGGGUGCUACAGAGCGCAGUGGACGUUGGGUGAUGGCCUUGGAGUUCUUCCUAGGUAUCAAUAGAUUAAUCUUUAGCUGGUGGGCAACAUGCAUCUUAAUGUCUAUGAGUUGGCUUGGAAUUCAAACUCGUCCGCGCUGGCUUCUUUGGUUUGUAAGGCAAACGAAAAGAGAUUCAGUGAGCACGGCUGUACAACCAAACGAUCCAGAUACGCUAAAAUUUUGGCUUCUCAAUAUCGAUGGCGAGUUGACUCUACCCAAGGAUGAGCAUGUAGACAUAGAGGUGGAAAUGAGACGGCGACUCAAGAACAACCAAGAACAUUGGAGUCGAAGCAGGGAGACCGAGUUAGAAUCAAGCCUGUAUCAAUGGUGGCUCAAUGGCGGAUGGUGGGGUAGCGAUGACAACAGCGGAAUGUUCAGUCCCGACAGAAGAGAUAUUGAAGAUGACACAACUAGUGUGGUAUCCUAUUCGACAGAAGAUGAGAGAGAUUGGGAGUCGGAUGAUGAUGCCAUUACAGACGGUCAAAGAACACCUACACAACGAUCACCUCAUCCAUCACGAGAACCUAGUCCAAUUAUCGACACACCCUUAUCAUUAACAGAUUUAUCUCAACUCUUACACCCUCGAAACCCCGAACAAAGAGCUGAAGCACAAGCCCUCGCAAUUCACCUCACAAGCGACAAAAUCCUAACUCGUGCCCGAUACCGGGAUAUCAUCCAAAGAGAACGAGCUCAUGUCUUAACAUCUACCCUCCAACGCCCCCCAAAUUUCAUCCCAUCCGAUCCAUCCGGCAAACUUUCCCCAGAAGAAGAAACUCAAAUCCUCGAACACCUCAUCAUCUCAAAACGCAACUAUCAAAAAGCUACCAAAGAACCAGCGUCGUGGAUGCACGGUGCAUCGGGCAUGGGAGAAAAUGGUCCGCAAUGGUGUGAUAAUAACGGGGGGGUUGGGAAGGAAAGUACGCAAGGUUUGACGGGUAUUCGUGCACAAAAUUCCUCUUUUGGGGUGGAGAUUUGA